UCUCCCCUUCGAUAUAUCUUGCAUACUUUUAGUUCAAGAACCUGUGAACAGACAAUCUGGUGUUUUCAGGAAUUGAAUUCAAAAUUUGAAUAUGUCAUAGAAUCAAGUGAAUAUUUAAAUUUAAAAAUGUUCGGACGAGUAUUUCUGAAUUUACUUACAAUUCUCUGCAUGUUUUCGAUGCCCAUUUAUGGAGAUGAAGAAUUGGUUUUCUCUAAUCUGCUGUGGAGGCAUGGUGCAAGAAGUGCAAUACAUUCAUACAAGAACGAUCCAUUUAAUCAAACUAUGUGGCCUCAAGGAUUUGGACAACUAACACAAAUUGGGAUGCAUCAACAUUAUGAACUUGGGUCAUACUUGAAGCAAAGAUAUAAUACAUUGCUUAGUAGACGAUACAACAGAAGUGAGAUUUACAUCCGAAGUACAGAUUUUGAUCGAACACUUAUGAGUGCUGAAUCAAACAUGGCUGGUUUGUUUCCACCAGAAGGAAAACAAAAGUGGAAUGGUACAAACACAUCAUGGCAGCCUGUACCAAUACAUACCGUGCCAAAAAUCUUGGAUUCUUUACUGUUGGCCCCGAUCAUUACUUGCCCAAAGUUGCAACAACUUCAUGAGAAAACGUAUUCCUCUUUGGAAUAUAUUGAACUACAGAAUAAAUACACAGAAUUUUUAAAAAAUAUCUCAUUCUGGUCGGGUAAUGACAAUGUCAACUUAACAAGUUCUUGGAAUGUUCUAGAUACCCUGAUAACAGAGAAAACACAGGGAAAGACCCUUCCUUUAUGGGCGAGUGAUGCAGUAAUGGACAAACUGCACGAGAUUGCUGCUUUGGACAUUUUAAUCAGGUUCAGUGGUAUGAAUUCAAAAUACAGGGAAGAUAUUGGAAGAAUUGUAGCUGGUAAUCUGAUCAAACAAAUUGUUACAAAUAUUAACAAUAGUAUCAAUGGUUCUGAAAGUUAUAAAGUGAUCGCAUAUUCUGCGCAUGACACAACCAUUGGUUCAUUAUUGGUUGCCUUGGAUAGCUUCAAUAAUCGACUUCCACCAUUUGCUGCUUGUGUUAUGAUAGAAGUUUAUAAAGAUAAAUCAUCUUCCCCACCAGAAUACAUUGUACGAAGUUAUUACAGAAAUUCGACCGGUGAUCCAAUAAAACUUAACAUACUUGACUGUGGAUUCAAUUGUUCAUUGAAUGAAUUCGUCACAAAAUCACAGAAGAUGUUUCCUCGUGGCCCCGCACAAGAUUGUGGAAAAAUACCAACAACUGGUGAAGAUUUCUUUGCUUCACAUUUACAGUUGAUCUUCAUAAUAUUGACUUGUCUAUUGGUGGUAACGUGGUUACUUAUCAUCAUUGUUUGUUGCAAGAAAAAAUGUAAAUCUAAAAACCUGAAGAUGCGAGAAGUUGCUUACCAACCUGUUCCUUCAUUCGACGAACAUCUUAUCUCAUGAUAUUUCAAAUCAAGAAAAGUUCUAUUUGUCAACUUUGUUCUUUAAAUAUUGCUUGGUGUUUGCACAUAAUGCUACCUAUGUUUUAGUCAGUGUUUUUGAGAUUACAUUAAACUGUUUUUUGAUUAUUGUGAAUUUUACCAGGAAAAAAAAAAUUAUUAAAAAAAAGUGCAUUUGUGUAUAUGAGAAAACUAUAAUAAAAGAUUUGUGCAAUUAAAACAUUAAAUGAAUUAUGUUUGUUUCUUUUACAAUGGCAAUAAUGCAACUUUUCACAAAAUACG